AUGACGAGGACUGUCACAUCACUGACACUGACAGCGAGCACAAACUUAGUGGGGAAGUUCACGCAGAGUGUCCGGCGGAUAGUUCAAGACGUAAAGGAUGAAGGCACCUCUAGUGGUCAAACAAAGGAGGAGGUGAUAGAAACGAACGAGCGACUUCGUAACGUGCGCGUGCGCCUCGAUGAGAACUAUGACACGGCGAAGAAAGCUCUAGUCACCCUGAUGGCGCGCUACAGCGAGUCAAAGGCGCAGAGAAACGUGUUCACCAGAUAUGCCAUGCUGAAAGCUAUGAUUAAGUUAGGCAAUACAACAGAUUCAACGAUCAAGGCCAUUUCGAACGUCAAAUUCGACCUCACAUCAAAGAAGAGUAACAACUUAAGCACGUUAAUAUUGCUUAACAUAAAAAUGGAAACCUAA